AUGGAGUCGAUGUUCAACCCUUACAAGGGACCGUCAGCUGCUGACGGUGCCUACUCGGGCAUGUCUCUAGAUGAGUUUCUUGCGUCUCUGCGCUUGGAUAAGCUCCAGGACACGCUUGGCCGGCGCCAAGCAAACCUCGAAUGGCUUUUCAAGGAUGCCGCGACUAAGGUUACGGACCCCUACAGCGCCUCAUCUGACCUAGUUGCUAUGCAGCUUCGUGAGAUUAUGAAGGACUCCUUCAACAAACUGCAUACCCACGUGCAGGACAUCCGUCUUUCAAAGGAGCAUCUACGCAUCUUUGCCAAUAAGAAAUACGACGGGGAAGAGCCUGUCGUCAAGACUCUGAAGAAUUAUCUUCUUCGUCUUGUGAAGGAGGCAGAAACCACAGAUACUAAGUUGGUCGAUGCUAUAUCUGAAUACGAAUUGCUUGACGACAUGGAGGAGCGCAAGAAGCACGUUCGAUUUGCCUUACCCGAAUACCAUGAGUCGAUCUUCGAGGAUGACGCAGAACACAUCCACUGGCCCGCUGACGCUCCCCCGUUUGACGAAGCUGAUGGUCGCAUGGAACCCGGCACCGUCCACACUCGCCGCGUGACCAUGAACAACCUCCCCAAGGGCAUCUCAGCUGCCCAGGUCGCCAAGGGUGUUCGCGCUCUCGGUGGCUUGCUCGGAAUCACGAUGAUCACCACACCAAAGAUGACCGGAGAUGGUAAGGAUGGAGCUCUUUUGGAGUUCAAAUGGGCUUCGUCUGCCGCCCACUACGUGGAUUACAUCAGGAAGUACCCAAUGCACUACGUUGAUGCCGAGGGAGUCAAGCACGGUGCAGAGGUGGAACUUGUUCCUACAAGAUCUUACCCUGUUUCCGCAAGCCAGAAGCCUAUUGGCUACUCGACAUCGGGCGAGCUACCCAACGGUCGAUGUCUCGAGUUCAAGCACUUCCCCAAGGGUGGCGUUUGGUACUUCUUCGACCGAAUUGGCACCAUGAAUGUGCUCGAGGCUUCCUACUUGGGAACUACCGAUCCCAACGAGGACGGUGUCCUUACAGUCGAGUUCGCGUCGGUCUUCCACGCCAACAAGGCUCGAGAUCUUGUCAGCAUGCGGAAGAUCGAGUAUUACACGCCUGAUCGAUCCGAGAUUGUCCCGUCCUUCGGCGAUUCGGAGUACAAGACGGAUGGGCUUUGGUAUGAGAACCCCAGACAUGUUAUUGCCCACAUGGAGGUCGAUCAUCUUGCUUUGAAGUGGGAUGUGCGCCCCUACAACAUGAUUUGGCCCAUGGCCACUCUCCCUAAUGACCAAUACAAAAUUACACGGAAGCCAGUUCCGAGCACCUCCGAACCGGAGACUCCCCUCUCUCUGUCACUGAAGAUGGGCACUGCUUUCGAGGAAGAUGACGGUGCCAAGGUCCGUUGGCAUAAUGGUUACCGCUAUGUUGUUGUUGGUAGCACAAUCCGAAUCCUUCUACGCAACGGCACCUGGAUCAUCGCUACCCAGGAAGAGAUCAAGCCCUUGAUGGCCAUCACCCUCCAGGAUCCUGCCUGGGCCCAGUUUUGGGAUGCGUACUUCGCCAACAACCAGGCGAUCAACUACCGCCGGUGGGACGCAUAUGCGGCCAUUGCCAAACACCGCCGUCAGCAGUCUGCGGAUCAAGGGCUUCAGGGCUAG